CACCGUCAUAGAGAGACAGAGGAAGUGAGCGAGAGGCUCUCAUUCAUAAAAAAAAAAAGGGAGAGAAAGUUCAUUCAUAAAAGCUGCACAAUUCUGCUGUGCCUCAGAAAGAAAAGGCAGAGGGGAGGAAAGUUGAUGUGGAGGUGAAGCAGAGCUGGAAACCUGACUGAGAAAGUGUAUGGGUCAGUUGGAUGGGACUGUACUCAGCAUGACUAGAGCGGAGCAGACUGGACUUUAGACUACACAGGACAUCCCCAGUCCCACGCAGGUAUUCCUCUUCUCUUCUUUACUUUGUCCCGGUGUUCUCCUUCGUCCAGUUUCCUGAUUAUGAGAGAGCAAACCUUACCCAGGUUCAAAUCACAGACAGGACUCUUACCAGGCAUGCUGAAGCGUACCAAAUACAGUCGUCUGCGUAACGAUUCACUGACGUCUCUAGAGGAUUGUCCCCAAAGAAUGCUGCCCCUGAAGAGUGAACUUCACUUAGACUCUGAUUUUGCCCAACUGGAUCCUGGGACGCCCUCGCACCAUGGGCUGUCCACCCUGAGGGACUUCAUCCCCCGCGUGGCCAACAUCCGAUUGCAAAGUCCAAUUUCCCUGCGGGGCCUGAGGGGACAGAGAAACACAGCUGGGGAGAGAACCAUUGAUGGACACACUGACAGACCAUUGUCCAGAACAGAAUGGGGAUCAGGACCUAAUCAGAGAUUUUGUAGCCAACCUUCCCUUAAUGUGCACCUAUCCACUGGCCAGAACCUCACUCACUCGGCUCUGCGCUGCACAAAAAGACCCAUCACUCUGCAUCGGAUGGCCAGCCUCCCCUGGACCCCCGGCUGUUCUCCCUGCUCACUGAGCAGAGAUGCUCUGUGCUGUUUGCAGACUUCCUCUGCAGCAGAUGACUGUACAGAGUUGGGGACAGCAAACAGAGCAGUUCACCAUGACAUCAAGUACAUGGGCAGCGUGGAGGUGACCCAGUCCAUGAGAACCCUUGACUUUGAUACGAGAAUGCAAGUCACACGAGAGGCAAUCAGUAGACUGUGUGAGAAGACAUCAGCCAAGACAACAGUGAGAAGUAAAAGGCCUGUACAUAAGGGUCUCUCUGCUGUUCUGGGUCAAAUCAACCUGCAGUUUUCUGGGAGCAGGAUCAUCCUCACUGUCUCCACAGACAGUGUGACUCUGAUCGCUGCCUCCUCCUUACAGAAGAUUGCCCACCACCCCAUGCAGGCCAUUUCAUUUGCCUCAGGAGGAGACCCAGACAUGGCGGAUUACAUCGCUUACGUUGCCAAGGACCUCACCAAUCAGAGAGCGUGUCACAUCCUGGAGUGUCCCCGGGGUCGGGCCUGCGAGGUCAUCAACAGCAUCGGUCAGGCCUUUGAGACUCGUUUCCGCCAACUUCUCAGCCACACGCCAUCGCUCCUUUCCACCAAUCCCAGAUCAGCAGUGAGAAUCUGUCCCAACUGGAGCCCAGAGGAGACGAUCAUGGACCAGAAGGCCGAGCAAGAAGGUGAAGUCAGUGAGCGCUGUGACUACUACAAUGUGAUCCCAGGAAAGAAGCCACCUCCUGGUGGAAUAGAAGACCUGCGCAUCGCAAGGGAGGAGAACAAACAAGAUGCUGACAUAAAGGGGGUUUCUUUGCCUCGGCCUGUUUCACUGUAUGAGAACUGCUCCAUCACAAAGGAAACUCCAGCUCCACCUGCAGACUCAGUGAGAUCUGGGGUCAGUGCUGAACAGUGUACUCCUCUCUCUGAGUCACUGAUCCGGGACCUGAUCCAGGAGGAAGGCUGGUUCCAUGGCAGGUUAGGAAGAAAGCAGGCAGAGUCACUCCUCAGCUGUAGUGGGGAUUUCCUGGUCAGAGAGAGCAGCUCUGCCUCUGGUCAGUAUGUACUCAGUGGGAUGGAAGGAGCCACCGUGCGGCACCUACUGCUGGUCGAUCCUCACGGACAGGUCCGGACCCGUGAUCAGGUGUUUCUGAGUGUUGGUCACCUGGUGCGUUUCCACAUGGACAACCAGAUGCCAAUCAUCUCUGGAAGCAGUGAGCUGCGUCUGAAACAACCAAUCCUAAGAAGACACCAAUGAACAUACAUAGGGUGUCACAUGCAUACAUCAGCCUUCAGCAGUGGUUGUUAACCUAAGCAAAAAAAAAAAAAAAAAUUAACAUGGACAUAAUUUCCUAGAAAAUCUUUUAUUAUUUGGCCAUUAAUCUACACACAGUGUGUUGUAUAUGUGCAGUGAACAAUUUGAUUUUCCUAACACUUAAGUAAACUCGUGUGUACACUGUGCCUCACCCUGUGUUGAGAAUAGCUGCUGGCCUGCAGAGCAUCCUGUCUCUCUCUCUCUCUCUCUCUCUCUCUCUCUCUCUCUCUCUCUCUCUCUCUCUCUCUCUCUCUCUCUCUCUCAGGCUGUAUUUGCUGGUGUUCACUCAAGGUCUAAGCACAAUCACUGGUGUCGGGAGGAAAUUACCAGAAUGUUGGCAGGCUUUCAGAAUCAUUUUUUAUAUGCUAAAUUUGUCUUGCGUUCAUUUGUUUAGACUUGUUAUUGUAUUGUGUUCCCAUUUCCCGUGCUGGACUUUUGAAAAUAACUUUUCAUCCCAAUUAUUUGUUACAUUCUGAAUAUGGGAUUCAAGUCCUCUUUGUAACCUGAAUCCACAGCAGUUUAGUCUGAGAUAAACUGGGGAAUAUGCAAAUAGCAAUGUUUUUCUUCCCCAUUAAGUGUUCAAAUACAUAUUUGGCUCUUUUACAGAAUGGAUUACUGGACUUUGUCAUUUUUUUUGUGUUAACAUCUACAACCACACAAGCACCUGUGGACAACACAACUUGCUUGAAGACAGUUUUUUAAUAAUUUUUUAUUAAAUAAUUGCAAUACUCUUCACUGUCACUAGCUGGUCAGCAAUCAGCUUCACAAUACAAGACACAAAUAGAGACACAAAUCCAACAACUCAUGAGACAAAAGACCUCAAGUGACUGUCAUGUAGGAAAAAAAAUUCUUCCUUGUAUUGUUUCUCUGUAAACACUUCAAAACCUUUCAACGUCAUUGUCAUAUGUAGGUACUGGAUAUCUGGAUUUCAUCUCUACUGAUGAAAUAAAGGUAAUAACACUGAUGAACUAUUUCAUACUGCUAGCAAAAUAUUUUUCGUGUUAACACAUGGUCAAUGAAGGCAUUAGUCUGAAGAUGUUUUUCACUUGCAGUUAGUUGCGGUAUGGCUACUCUAUCUUAACAGAACAAAAAGUACAAAGGUAAAAGGACAUAACUGCUCUGGGGAGGUUGUAAGAGCAGUUUGCAAUUUCAUGAUUAGUUCAGCAAGCAACUUACACACGAACAUUAGUCAGAACCUGCAUAUCAAAAUUAGUUGAUAGAAUGAAAAUAUAUCUGAAGAUUAUAAAAAUUGUACUUAUAUAAACUUUUUAUUGUGUCAAGGGUUUGUUUAUGUGUGUAGUUGAGGUAUAAAGAUGCAAUUUGUUA